AUCAGAGAAACGAGAAGCAAUGGCAAGAACCAAGCAGACCGCUCGUAAGUCCACCGGAGGUAAAGCUCCCAGGAAGCAGCUGGCUACCAAGGCUGCCCGUAAGAGCGCCCCGGCCACCGGCGGAGUGAAGAAGCCUCAUCGUUACAGGCCCGGUACCGUGGCUCUCAGAGAGAUCCGUCGUUACCAGAAAUCCACCGAGCUGCUGAUCCGCAAGCUGCCCUUCCAGCGUCUGGUCAGAGAAAUCGCUCAGGAUUUCAAGACCGACCUGCGCUUCCAGAGCUCCGCCGUCAUGGCUCUGCAGGAGGCCAGCGAGGCUUACCUGGUCGGCCUGUUCGAGGACACCAACCUGUGCGCCAUCCACGCCAAGAGGGUCACCAUCAUGCCCAAAGACAUCCAGCUGGCCCGCCGCAUCCGCGGAGAGAGAGCUUAA